UUCCGGAGUAUCGGUUUGGAUGUUGUUUGUUAUGGUCUGGUUUGGGUUCAGAGUCUGGACGGGGCGAGGGUCUUUCUGCUGUAAACACUCAUUCACGCGCUCUGGCGAUUUCCUGGAUAGUUAAGCGGUUCGCCCUGAUGAGCACUAUAUUAUGGAGAAAGUCCGAAAGAUUCUAGUUCAUCUGUCGAGGGAAAACGCCGCUCCGCAGUGCGCACGAUUCGUGCAGAGCAUAACUGGACACUUUGUCGGGAGUGUUGAGGAUCAGGCAACUGUGAGCUGUUCUUUGGAGAAUAACAGAUUUAUUUUAUGUGAUCGGCUGUGUGAUGGAGGAGUUCCUCUGAAGAGGGCGUCAUUUUGCCCCAUCAAAUACCUGUCUCAUUCGGAGGCGGACUCCCUGCCCCCAGAUACCCUCAACCGUGGGGUAGAUGUGGGCGUGGCUGUGCUGCUGCAGUCAGCCAAUCAGAGACUGUUGCUAACACGCCGUGCCUCCAGCCUCCGGAUCUUCCCCAAUGUUUGGGUUCCACCCGGUGGCCAUGUGGAGCUGGAUGAAAAGCUGUUGGAUGCCGGACUCAGGGAGCUGAAGGAAGAGACCGGUCUGAAACUGAGCCCUGAUGAGAUCUCCUCUCAGCUGCUCGGCCUGUGGGAGUCAGUUUAUCCGCCCAUACUGUCCGUAGGACUGCCUAAGAGACAUCACGUUGUGACAUACAUACUUUUGAAGAGCUGUCAAUCACACCUGCAGCUACAGGCUUGUUUGCGCCCUGAUCCUGCUGAAGUCAGUGCGUGUGUGUGGGUCGAUGCAGGUCUGGUGAAUGUUGUAGUAUCUGCAGUAGAUGGUGAGAAGGAUUCUGUUCAAAUACCCUCUGAUCUGCCACAAACUAUCAGUGUGACCGAGGUGUCUCCACAAGGUGAGCUAAUCGAGACCUCGCUGCCUGUUUCUGUCCUCUGUAACCGGGCCCCGGAUCAUGGCGAGGACAUCGAACGAGUCAGCACUGGAACCAAAUUUGCUUUAGAACUGUGGUUGAAAACACUGGAGCCUCAUACUGAGAUGGGCUGAUGACUCCUCUCUGCCUGCUUCUGUUUAUGUAUGUUACCAUUUAACCCGUGCCUUGAGGAAGAUAGCACCACCUGCUGCACUGGAGUUAUUUCAACAUUCAAAUCAAAAUGCAAAAAAAAACCUUAGAAAAAGAGUUUUGAUUGGAAUAUGAUUUUAUAAUUCAUAUCAGAUUGUUCAUCCAACAUUUUAUUAAUAACAACUGAAACAACAUCUCAGUCCACUGUAAUAGGGUGGUAGAAACUUCUUCCCUCUGCUAAAUAUACUAAAUUAAAGUUGAUUUAAUGCAGUACAGUGA